ACUACAAAGAUUCGAAAAAAACUCCGAUCAUUGAAGCAACGAAGAUAUGCUUACUUCACCUUCUUCUUCUUCUUCUUCUACAUUUGAUUCAUUUUCUUCCAAUUUCUCUCCGGUACUCACUAAUGCCUUCUCUAGCUUCACCAUUCCCAUGGGAUUGAAUUUGAGUAGGAAAGUGAUCGGAGCUCGAAUUAAGGAUCGUUCAACACUUAAGGUUUCUUGUCGUCGUGCACAAGAACGUGUGGUUGAGGGAGAAGCUUCUACAAUGUCGGAGACUAAGCAAUUGUUCAAAGUUUCUUCUGGUGAGGUAUCUCCUCUUGGUGUGUCUCAAGUCGACAAUGGAAUCAAUUUUGCUUUGUUUUCUCAGAAUGCUACUUCUGUCACACUCUGCUUAACACUUCCCCAAAGUGGUAAGGAUGAUUUGAAUGAUGAUGGUAUGAUUGAGUUGGUUUUGGAUCCAAGUGUAAACAAAACUGGGGAUACUUGGCACAUUUGUGUUGAGGAUUUGCCUCUCAAUAAUGUUCUUUAUGGUUACCGUGUUGAUGGUCCUGGAGAAUGGCAACAAGGGCAUCGGUUUGACCGUAGUAUUUUGCUUUUGGAUCCCUAUGCAAAGCUAGUUAAAGGUCGUAGUUCUUUUGGAGAUAGUAGUCAAAAGUUUGCUCAAUUUUAUGGAACUUAUGACUUUGAGAGCUCGCCAUUUAACUGGGGCGAUGACUACAAGUUUCCUAACAUACCUGAGAAGGAUCUUGUUAUUUAUGAAAUGAAUGUUCGUGCUUUUACUGCUGAUGAAUCCAGUGGGAUGGACCCAGCUAUAGGGGGCAGUUACCUCGGUCUCAUUGAGAAGAUCCCACACCUUCAAGAUCUGGGUAUAAAUGCAGUGGAGUUAUUGCCAGUGUUUGAGUUUGAUGAACUGGAGCUUCAGAGGCGUCCUAACCCUAGGGAUCACAUGGUUAACACAUGGGGUUACUCGACAAUUAACUUUUUUGCUCCAAUGAGCCGUUAUGCUAGUGGUGAGGCAGACCCAGUUAAAGCUUCAAAAGAGCUUAAAGAAAUGGUCAAAGCCUUACAUUCUGCUGGUAUAGAGGUCAUUUUGGACGUAGUUUAUAAUCAUACCAACGAAGCAGAUGACAAAUACCCUUAUACCACUUCAUUUCGUGGCAUAGACAAUAAGGUUUAUUACAUGCUUGAUCCAAACAACCAACUGCUUAACUUUUCUGGCUGUGGGAAUACACUGAACUGUAACCAUCCUGUUGUUAUGGAACUAAUACUAGAUAGCUUAAGGCACUGGGUCACUGAAUAUCAUGUGGAUGGUUUCCGAUUUGAUCUUGCUAGUGUGCUUUGCCGAGCAACAGAUGGAUCUCCACUCAGUGCUCCCCCACUCAUUAGGGCAAUUGCCAAGGAUUCCGUUCUGUCAAGAUGUAAAAUAAUUGCAGAGCCUUGGGAUUGUGGAGGAUUAUAUCUAGUUGGGAAGUUUCCAAAUUGGGAUAGGUGGGCUGAGUGGAAUGGGAUGUACCGGGAUGAUGUUAGAAGAUUUAUCAAGGGUGACAGUGGCAUGAAAGGAAGCUUUGCUACUCGGGUUUCAGGAUCUUCCGAUCUUUACCAGGUUAACCAGCGGAAGCCUUACCAUGGUGUAAAUUUCGUGAUCGCACAUGAUGGAUUCACAUUGCGAGAUCUUGUAUCGUACAACUUUAAGCACAAUGAGGCCAAUGGGGAAGGAGGAAAUGAUGGAUGUAAUGACAAUCAUAGCUGGAACUGUGGGUUUGAAGGGGAAACUGAUGAUGCUCACGUCAAGUCUUUACGUACUCGGCAAAUGAAGAAUUUUCAUGUAGCUUUGAUGAUUUCUCAGGGAACACCAAUGAUGCUAAUGGGAGACGAAUAUGGACAUACGCGGUAUGGUAAUAACAAUAGCUACGGACAUGAUACUGCUCUUAACAAUUUCCAGUGGAAAGAGGCAAGUCUUACAUCUCGCGGUUUGUCCCUCGACGCAAAGAAGCAGAACCAUUUCAGGUUUUUCUCGGAGGUGAUUAAGUUUCGACAUUCACACCAUGUACUCAAGCAUGAAAAUUUCCUCACCCAAGGCGAGAUUACAUGGCAUGAAGAUAAUUGGGGCAACACUGAGAGCAAGUUCCUAGCUUUCACUCUCCAUGAUGGUGUAGGUGGCCGUGACAUCUAUGUGGCAUUCAACGCCCACGAUUACUUUGUCAAGGCUCUGAUUCCACAGCCACCACCGGAAAAACAAUGGUUCCGUGUGGCUGACACAAACCUUGAGUCCCCGGAUGAUUUUGUGAGCGAAGGUGUUGCCGGCGUGGCUGAUACCUACAAUGUGGCCCCUUUCUCUUCAAUCCUUCUCCAGUCCAAAAUUUGUAACUUCAAAUGCUUAUGGAAAUUUGGUGCAAGGAGUGGGUUUAGCUUUGGAGGAAGAAUGAAAGGUAUGGAUACUUCAUGAUUUUCAAGUUUUGUUUUAAAGCGUAAUACACUUAUAGUAACAUU